AAAAGCCGAACAAAAAAAAACACGCAACGACGACCACCCAAAAACCCAACCCAAAAGUGCAUUUUCUUCAUUUUACUCGUGAAAAGUGAAAAAUAAGCAUGAGCUGCACACCCCGUGUUUGGUUGGUGCUACUUUAGUGCGUGAUAAGCAACGUGUACUGCUUUGUUCCUGCUUGCAAUGGAUGCGUAAUCCGUGCAAUGAAACGACGCGAAUGUUUUUGUACAAGUAGAGAUAGAAAACUUCAAUAGUUGCCUGAAUGGUGAUAACAUUAUCUUACCGGACACCAUGAAAAUGGGACUAAGCACUUCAUCCAUGCGCAGGCGUGGCUGCCUAUACGGUAUAGUGCUCGUGCUAAUACCCUGCACGGUACUGAUCGUAGUGAUCGGUACCGACUACACAUCGGAACAAUCGAUGUCACAGCGGAUGGCCGAGUUUCAAAUGCGCAUGCAGUACCUAGAAUCCAUGUACCGCACAAAGCAGGAAGAUGUGGCCAUCCUUUCGCAGUACCUUCGGCUGGCCGCACUAAACGGGGCCAGCGUAUCCGGGGGCGGCGCCGGCUCAACCGACGGUGCAAACGUUUCACUCGCCAACUUGGAUCUGCUCGAAGGUUUAAGCCCGGAUUCGCGAUCGCUUAUACGGAACGUCACAUCAACCAACCGGUUAGCCGAAAGUCUAAAGCUACCGACAGCUUUCCACUUUCUGCCCCACCUGCUGGACGAUUCGUCCUCCCUGCAGCCGAGCUACAUCGAGAGCAAGAAGCGACAGGGCGUUUCGAUCGUGCUCGGCAUCCCGACGGUGAAGCGCGACAAGCAAUCGUAUCUGGUCGAAACGAUCGACAAUCUCAUCGCGAACAUGGACGAGGAGGAACAGAACGAUACGAUGAUCGUUGUGUACGUGGGCGAAACGGAUCUGGAGUACGUGAAGCUGGUGGCGCACCAGAUACGGACGCGCUUUGCAAGCUACAUCGAUAGCGGGUUCCUCGAGAUCAUUGCACCGGCCGCUUCAUACUAUCCGAACAUGAACAAUCUGCGGCAAACGUUGAACGAUUCCCAGGAACGGGUACGGUGGCGAUCAAAACAGAAUCUCGACUUUGCGUUCCUGAUGGCGUACGCGCAACCGAAGGGUGCCUUCUAUCUGCAGCUCGAGGACGACAUACUCACGAAGAAGGGGUUUGUGACGAUAAUGAAAAAUUUUGCACUGGAAAAAACGGCAAAGAAAGAGCACGCGAACUGGUUCGUGCUGGAUUUUUGUCAGCUAGGUUUCAUAGGAAAAAUGUUCAAAUCUGCCGAUCUGCCUUGGUUAAUAACAUUCUUCCAAAUGUUUUUCAACGAUAAACCCGUCGACUGGUUGCUGUACCAUUUGAUCUACACGAAGGUUUGCAGCGUGGAGAAAGAUGGAAAAAGUUGCAAGCAGGAAAUGUCUAAGCUGUGGAUCCAUUACAAACCUUCACUGUUUCAACACAUCGGCACACAAUCGUCACUGCGCGGUAAGGUGCAAAAGCUGAAGGAUAAGCAGUUCGGGAAGAUACCGAACUUUCAUCCGCAUCGGAAUCCACCCGCCGUCGUACGGACUGGCAUACAGCCGUACAAAUCGUACACGCUGCAGAAAGCAUACUCGGGCGAUAGUUUCUUCUGGGGAUUGAUGCCACAACCCGGUGAUUUGAUUGAAUUCAAAUUCAAGCAACCAACCACUGUACGGAGAUAUCUGUUUCGAAGUGGCAACUUCGAGCAACCUUCGGACCGGUUCUACAAUACCACCGUGGAGGUACUGCCAGCCAGUGGUAAUGGGUCGGCAAUCAGUGCUACCCUACCGUUCAACGUCACGAAGGAUGGAUUUCUCGUGGUCGGUAGUUUCAACAAUUACGGCAUAGCGGAUGGUGUGAUCGAUCCAAAGAUAGGCAAAUUGAAAGAGUUACGCCUGCACGUCAACAGUGACAGCCAGAAUUGGGUUAUACUGCGAGAGAUCUACCUGCAAAGCAAUAGCGUUCGGUGACAGAAACAUUACCGUAUGUUGGAUCCGUUCGGUUCCGGUGACAUGAAAGCGCGUGCGGUAAGAGCAUUUGCGGCAGGCACGGGCAAGCAGGCACAGGCACAGGCACAUGUUGUUGUAUCGCCUAAACGUAAUAGCAGCAGCAGUGUAAUACACCAAAAUCUAAAGCGGCGCCGUGUUUUGCCAUCGAAACUGUUUAAACUGCCCGCUGCUAAACCGAUCAGUCCGAGAAUGACAAUUCACGCAACAAGCGCAAACAUAAUGUUAAAGAACUAGUUGGAAAAUUGCCGCCUAACCAACAAUUGCCACUUGCACCUUUUAUUCAACUUUCCUUUGUUGUCCAGCUUUUUUCAGGUAGGUUCGAUUUUUUGUUGUUGUUAAUCCCCGACGAUCGUCACAUUUAUAAGCUGGCAAGUUGGCUGCCGUUCGGGAAAUGGUAUACAGUUUAGAACGUCUCAAAUUGUGAUCAACGAAUAUAUUGUUGUGUACUGAUGGAAUCGCACAGAUAAUAAUAAUGAUAUGGUGUGUAGGAUUAGUUUUGCAUCGUGUCGCAUAAUGUAUGUAAUGUAAUGUAAUGUAAUGUAUGUAUAAUGCAAUUGAACAGUAUCAUACCCCUCAUGUUUGUAAGUGGGAUCGUUUAAAGGGUAUAAUGUUAAUAAGUUGUUUUGUAUCGCUGUUGCUGUGAGUGUGUACGUGUGUGUACAUGUGUGUGUACGUGUGUAACUUUGUUAGUGAGACUGCUAGUUUUGUGUAUGUAAAAGAAAUUACCGGUACGUACCGGUGUGAGGAAACCGAUAUUGUUAUAUACGUAUAAUAUGCUAAUAUGCAACAGGCAAAAACAAAAAAAAAACGGGGGAAAGGGAGAAUGUCCUAGCUGCCAAAUUGGGAGAUUCAAGUGGCGCACACAAUGUUUUUUUUUGGUCACAAAACACACACACACAAUCAUAUUUGCAAAAUAUGUGACGCAUUACAAUGAAUCUCGUGGUUAGAAUCUCACGUUUUUUUUCUUUUUAUUAGGUUGGUACCAUUUCAUUUACCUGUUUGUUAUUACCGCUACUAAUGAGGGAACAUCAUUUUACUCAUAUUGGAAAGAUUCGAAAGUAUGAAAUUAACAUUCUAUUAGUUAGCUAUCUAUGUUUACUACGUCUGUCCUAUUUAACAGAUCCGUCUUGAUUUAGUGUUAAUUUUUUGUUCACAUCUUCAGUGUAUAAAAUGUACAUUCUAUGAAGGUAUUAUAAAAUGCUUUUCGUACCUUUUGUUACCAUGUUUGUUGCAUUUGCAGACUCAAAAGCUUAUAAGCGCAUAGGCAAAUGAAGCAGAAAAAACAGAGUGAGCUAAUUACGCCGUACGUUUCCGGGGCUGUAUGUUCGUGGUGCUAUUGGCCAUAACUUAACCGGUAACCGAGCCUAGCUUCGUCAAUGUACGGAUAUUUUGUGUUUGUUAAUAAGCCUAACCUGAUACGUUUAAUUACCAUCAAACCCCGAAACAUUGCUGUGGCACGCACAAAUGAAUUGUGUUAUGAAAUAAUGGUGUAAAGAUAAUCAAAUGCCUUUUUAAAAGAAAAAUGUGUAAAGCAAGAACAAAACGAAGAAAAAAAAUCCAGAAAGAUAUAACAACAAAUAAUAGAGUAGGAAAGGAAAACAAAAGAAUAAAACAAAACAAAAAAGCAGCGUUUCAGUAAGACUUAACCGACAAAAACCAAAACAGGUUUGAAAAGCCUUUUCCGAAAUGGGUGGAUGGAAAUGUAGGAAUUCAACCCUUCACGUCCGUGACGGAUUGGCUUUUGUGUAAUGUUUGCUGUGGAAUCGAAAUUGGUGUCCUUUAUAUAUUUUUUUUUUUCAAAAAAAAAAUGAAGAAAAAUUUGGUAAUAAUUCGUAACGUUUUUUGCUAACAUUGUCAAACAAAAAGUGUGUACUGUAAUGUUGUGGGGAUUAUAGAUUGUGGCCAAGUAUAAGCAAACUAAUAUGCUGUGUGUGAAUGUGAUGGAGCGUGAUUUUAAAUCUGCACUGCACCGCAUGUUCGUUCCUAUUCGAUGUAGUUAUAGCGAAAGCAAUAGCCAAUAAUCAAAAUAAUGCUCCGUUACCAUCUGAUAGCGUGUCCUAUUUUGUCGUGGAUGUCGUCGUAUCGUAUUGCACGGGGGAGUUUCUUCAUGCAGUGUGUAAGGGUAGUCGUUUGUCGUGCAGUAAUUUUGUCAAGCACUUGCACAAACUCUGGAGCAUUGUUUUCCGAGACGUGGUUAACGCUUUAAGGUGUUAUCCCUCCGAGAGGGACAAUUUAUCUUGGAGUGUUCGUACCCUUAUCGAAAGCAUCAUUCCGCUAAAAUUGUUGCUCGUAACAUCUCAUAGUUGGAAGGAUGGAAUGCAUAAAGCUGUUAUAUACUCUUAUUUUUUCCGCCAAGCGAAAGUUUUUGUCAUAAGCUCACAACAGCACAAAACAACAUCACGCUACAGUUGAACAGCAAUGAAUCUUGUAACAGUUAUUCUCAAUCAAGCAAAACAAAAAAAAACACGAUGAUACUCAGCAUAAACGUGUGCCGUUAAGCAAUGAUACACCCUACCUAGUAUUCUGCGUUAUCUCUCAAGAAAACAAAAUGGAGUCGUUUCGGAUGCGUUACAAAUCGGUUAGGGGAAUCAUCAUUCCACAAUUACCUGUGUUAGUGUUUGAAAGUGAGGAAGCGUCCGGCUAGCUAACCAAGGUUAGUAGCUUAUGAUCGACAGUAAAACAAUCCAGCAAAGAGAAUCUAAAUUUAUGACGGUAAACUUAAACAAAAAAAAACACACACAAUGGUGCAUGGUGUCAAAUAAAAGAGCUUCGUUUGAAUAUA